AUGACCGUCGAAACAUUUGAUUAUAGCCAUUUGUACUCUUUCAUCAACCUAUUUGAACAGCAAGUUCAACGCUACGCUGACAACACGUUUGUGCGCUACCAAUUACCAAACACCCAGGAAUUCAAGACCAUGACCUACUGUCAAAUCGACCGCAUCGCAAAUAAUUUGGCAAACAAAUGGGCACCGGCUGUGCAAGGCGUCGAUUCGAUUGGUUUGGUGGCUGACCAUUCCAUCUACUACAUGAUUUCCAUGCUCGCUAUAUUUAAGCUUCAGCCUGCUCUGUUGGCUCUAUCGCCGCGCAAUUCUGUCGCUGCCAACGUGGAUCUCCUGACGAAGACUGGCUCCCAUUUUCUCGUCGCAAGCAAGAAAUACAGCGCAUUGGUCAAGGAGUGUGCUGAACAAGUCCCCGGUGGAUGUGGAGUCAGUAUUCUGUCACCUUUGGAUUUGGAACACCUUAAUUCAUACACAUCGGAUUUCAAGCGCGCACCCUCCACCAAGGACGACAUUGAAAAGAUCGCAUUGAUCAUCCACAGUUCCGGCUCAACGUCGUUCCCGAAACCCAUUAGACUUAGCAACCGCUAUUUGUAUUGGUUAGUCCAAGUGUUGUCAUUCCAAAUGCAGCAAGACGCGCCUUUCAUGAAUUCCUCCGAUGUUAUGCUGUCUUCUAUGCCAUUGUUCCACGUCUUUGGCGUAUUUACAAACUUCAUGCCUAUUCUGUUUGGUGCCAGCUGCAUGAUCUUUGGUCGUUUACCGCCUACUCCUCGUGAGCUUGCUGGUGCCAUUGACAAGUACGGUGUUACUAUGAUGGGAUUGCCUCCCAUGAUUCUGGAACAAGUCGCUGAGUAUAUCGAGGACACCCAGAAUGAUUCGUUUAGCCGUAUCAAGUUCUGUUUAUACGGUGGUGCGGCACUCAGAAAGCCUGCCGGUGACUUUUUGAACGCCCGAGGCAUGAACGUACGAAGUGUUUAUGGCACGACAGAAAUCAAUGCCAUGGCAGUUUCCAACAUCACUCAGGGCUACGAACAAUGGUAUGCUUUUCGACCAGCAUUACCCUUAAUUCCUUACUGUAUUUGGGAACCUCAUGAUGAAGCCAAGGGUAUCUAUCAUCUUGUUAUCAAGGCCGAUUGCCCUGCUCUGGCCACAAAUGCUGGCAACCGACCUAACGGCGAUUAUGCCACCAACGACCUGUUCAUGGAGGAUCCACCCAAGUCGGGCUACUGGCGCCAUCUUGGCCGUAAUGAUGAUACACUUGUCAUGGAGAACGGUGAAAAGACCAACCCUGUACCCAUGGAACAUCGAAUCAGUAGUGCUAAGGUAGUUCGAUGCUGUACAGUUAUCGGCGAAAACAAACAAUGUACUGCUGCUUUGGUCGAACUUGAUCAAGAGCACGCACACAAUUACACACCUGAAGAAACGAUUGCUCAAGUGCGUGAAGCCGUCGAACGUGCCAACAAUGUCGCACCCAGCCACAGCACGAUUUUGCCCCAAAUGAUCUAUAUUUUACCACUGAGCCGACAAUUGCCAACCACACUCAAAGGCAAUGUAGUGCGCAAGCGAGCCAUCAUUGAGUUCCAAGAACAAAUUGAUAAGAUGUACAAUGACUUUUUCCAAGGACCCGCUACUACCGCUACUGGUGCAGCUGAUGGAGACGCACAGCUCGAUAUUGACGCUUUCCUUGCCCAAGCUGCUGUUCAAGUUCUCCGCAAGAGCCCCAUUGACGCCAAUGCAUCCUUGUUCGACUACGGUUUGAACUCCUUGCUUGCCAUUCAACUACGCAAUCGUCUUGCCACCCGCUUUGAAAAUGUGCCCAGCAACUUUCUGUUUGAACAUCCUACCUUAGCUUCGAUGAAGGAGGCCCUCACUGCUGGCGAGCCUCAAGACCAGGAUGCUCAACGUGAAGCAAGAUAUCAAGACACCCAAGCUCUUCUCGAUGAUUAUAUCAAGCGUGCUGAUGCCGAUUUCCCUGUGGCCCCCAAACCAAUUAAGAAUGCCCGAUCAAAGGAACAACAAACAGUCUUGUUAUCCGGAGCAACAGGCUCACUGGGCGCGUUUAUGUUGCGCGAUUUGAUCUUAUCGCCCAACGUGAAAAAGAUUUACUGCUUGGUCCGUGGCAACAACCUGAUGCAACGCUUGCACAAGUCGUUCCAAGAUCGUUUGCUAGAUACAUCAUUGCUUGAAAAAGAUAACAAGGUGGAAGCAUUGACCAUGCAACUCGACAAGCCGUAUCUGGGUUGGGAGGAAGCAACGUACAACAAACUCAAGAAGGAGGUGACCAUUAUCCAACAUUGUGCCUGGCUUUUGGAUUUCAACCAGCCUGUCCAACACUUUGAUCGCGAGUGCAUCCGAGGCUUGUACAACCUGCUCCAGUUUGCCUAUCGCAAAGAAGAUCCCAUACAUGUCCAUGUUGUAUCUAGUAUUAGUGCUACUGCUGCCUACGGUAAAGACACCGUGCCCGAAUUGCCUUCUCCCAAGGAUCCUCACGUUGCCAUGCCGAUGGGUUAUGCCCAAUCCAAGUAUAUUGUUGAGCACCUGUUUCACUAUUUGACCCAGCAAAAGAAUUUCCCUUGUAUUGUCGAGCGUAUGGGUCAAGUUUGCGGUGAUACCGAGCACGGCGUCUGGAACACUUCGGAACAAUAUCCUUUAUUGAUGGUUGGUGGUACGCAACUUGGAUUGAUGCCCAACUUGGCAUCGGUCACUGUCGACUGGCUGCCCGUUGACUUUGCUGCCACGAGCAUUGUUACUAUUAUGCUCAAACUAGGCGCAUCAAACCAGUUUGGCGAAGGCGUCUAUCAUAUUGUGAAUCCAAGCAGAGUCGGAUGGUCUGACGUGCUAAAGGCUAUGCAAGCAAGUGGUAUGAAAUUUGACGUCGUUGAGCCUGAACAGUGGGUCGAAGCGUUGAGCAAGCACCAGGACAAUCCCGCAUACCGACUAAUGUCGUUCUUUGAAGCCAACUUUCAAUCGUCCUCUUCCAGUGAAGAAACUGCCACAAUGCCCGUGUGGGAAACUGAAAAGACGGCCGAGUUGGCACCUGUUUUAGCACAAGCACCCGCUUUUGGCGAGACCUUGCUAAAGAAACAUCUUGCAUUCUGGCGCAAUGUAGGAUUCUAUAACCCCACCACUUUGUAA